AUGGCUGCCUACUUCCGUGACUUCACCGAUCUGUGCUUCGAGGUCUUUGGGGACAGGGUGAAGCACUGAAAGUUCAGUGACCCUCUGACAAUUAGUGGAAAGGGCUAUGAGAGGGGGGUCCACAUGCCAGGUCUGAAGCUGCCGGGGACAGGCCUGUACCAGGAUGCACACCACAUCAUAAAGGCCCAAGCCUGAGCCUGGCAUUCUUACAACAGCACCUGGUGCAGCAAACAGCGUGGUGGGCUGGUGGGGAUUUCGUUGAGCUGCGCCUGGGGGUAGCCCCUGAACAUCAGUGACCCUAAGGACAUGGCGGUGGCCAAGCGUUACAUCUAGUUCUGCCUGGGCUGGUUUGCCAACCCCAUUUAUGCUGGUGACUACCCCCAAGUCAUGAAGGACAAAUUGGACAUGUCCAGGCUCCCGAGUUUCUUGCACCAGGAGAAGAGCUUCAUCAGAGGCUCCUCUGACUUCCUGGGAUGACCUUCUUGCUACAUCACUGCCCGCAAACACCCCUCACACCUCAGGCCCAGCUACUGGAAUGAUUGCGACCUGAUGGAGCUGGUUGACCCCUCGGGGCCUGAGAUGGAUUCCGCACGGCUCCAUUCUGCACCAUGGGGGCUCAGGAGGCUCCUCAACUUUGCUCAGACUCAGUACAGCAACCUUCCCAUAUAUGUAACAGAGAAUGGAGUGCCUCAGAAAUUUCACUGGACUCAAUUAUGUGAUGAGUGGAGGAUUCAGUACCUCAAAGGCCACAUAAAUGAAAUGCUAAAAGUAGCUCUUCGAGGCUCCAUGCAGAUGGUGACUGAGAUCGUGAUCCCGACCGUCUGCACCCUCUGUGUCCUGCUCGCUGCAGUUCUCUUGAUGCUUUUCCUGCAGAGACAAAGCUGA